AUAAAAGCUGCCGAGCGGCCGGUGAAGCCGCAGAGCCGAGAAUGGGAGCUGAGCGCAGCUUCUGAACCGUACACCGAUCUCCUCUCCGCGCUCUCUCUCCACCUCGCUCUCGCCGCCUGCCCACCUUCCUUCCUGCCGGCCCGCGGCCGCCCAGAACGCCUUCCACCAUGGCCACCUCAGCAAGUUCCAACUUGAACAAAGGCAUCAAGCAGAUGUACAUGGCCCUGCCUCAAGGCGAGAAAGUCCAAGCCAUGUAUGUCUGGAUCGAUGGUACCGGAGAAGGGCUGCGCUGCAAGACCCGCACCCUGGACUGUGAGCCCAAGUGUGUAGAAGAGUUGCCGGAAUGGAAUUUUGAUGGCUCUAGCACUUUCCAGUCUGAAGGCUCCAACAGUGACAUGUACCUCCUCCCAGUUGCCAUGUUCCGUGACCCUUUCCGCAAGGAUCCCAACAAGCUGGUGUUCUGUGAAGUUUUCAAGUAUAAUCGGAAGCCUGCCGAAACCAAUUUAAGGCACACCUGUAAGCGGAUCAUGGACAUGGUCAGCAACCAGCACCCCUGGUUUGGAAUGGAGCAGGAAUACACUCUCAUGGGGACGGAUGGGCACCCCUUUGGUUGGCCUUCCAAUGGCUUCCCUGGGCCCCAAGGCCCGUAUUACUGUGGCGUGGGAGCUGACAAAGCCUAUGGCAGAGACAUCGUGGAGGCUCACUACCGGGCCUGCUUAUAUGCUGGAGUCAAGAUCACGGGAACAAAUGCCGAGGUCAUGCCUGCCCAGUGGGAAUUCCAAAUUGGACCCUGUGAAGGAAUCCGCAUGGGAGAUCACCUGUGGGUGGCCCGCUUUAUCUUACAUCGUGUAUGUGAAGACUUUGGCGUGAUAGCAACCUUUGACCCUAAGCCCAUUCCUGGGAACUGGAACGGCGCAGGCUGCCAUACCAACUUCAGCACAAAGGCCAUGCGGGAGGAGAAUGGCCUGAAGUACAUUGAGGAGGCCAUUGAGAAACUCAGCAAGCGGCACCAGUACCACAUCCGUGCCUACGAUCCCAAGGGAGGCCUGGACAAUGCCCGGCGCCUGACUGGCUUCCACGAGACCUCCAACAUCAACGACUUUUCCGCCGGUGUUGCCAACCGCAGUGCCAGCAUCCGCAUUCCCCGGUCUGUUGGCCAGGAGAAGAGGGGUUAUUUCGAAGACCGGCGCCCUUCUGCCAACUGCGACCCCUUUGCAGUGACAGAGGCCAUCAUCCGUACGUGUCUUCUCAACGAGACUGGCGACGAGCCCUUCCAGUACAAAAACUAAGGGGACGAUGCUUCCAGCGACUGAGCCCUUCCCAGCUCUUCAUCCCACUGCAACUCUCCCUCUCCCUGGUGUCUUAAGUAUCCUCAUUACUCAAAAGUGGGAUUUCAAGGUCUUUUUAUUCCUCAUGCCCAGUGAACCUUGCUUUUCCUUGGUCAGGAUAGAGGGGUCAAGUUCUUAAUCUCCAUGUACCCAGUCCCUGUUUUCUUCCUUUCUAAUGUGUGGGUGGGCGCAGGGAAAGGUGGUGACUGCUUCUCUCUGGAGGUGUCCUUGUCUGGUAGAUGUCACCUCCGCACAAAGCAGCGUGUGAAGGAGGGGAGAACUUCCUCUAAAGGACAGCUGGAAGGGCAGGCUGACUACUUAUGAUGGCAUGUCUCCUUCAAUUCUUAAGAUUAAACCAACUCUCACUAGUGGAGGUUAGGAGAAGGGCAAGAACUGGGGGUUAGUUUACCUCUUGUGUUUCUCUUGCUUGGAGCCACCCACACCCUUCACAAACAGCAGCUCAGCAACAACAGAUGCCUGUCCUACCUUAAGAGAAGAAAAGUUCUUUACUGCUUGGUCCUCCAUUUAUAACACAAAGCAAAAGUAGUAUUUUUAUAUUUAAAUGUAAAAACAAAAAAAUUAUAUAAGGGUUGUGGAUAUGUGUGUUUUUCUAAAGAAAACAAACAUCCUGGUCACUGGGUGCCAAAUGUGAGGUAAAUUAUUUGGUUCAAGGGUCCCCUUUGUAAGUAAAGGAAGUAGCAGUGGGGAACAUAGUACUAGAAAAAUUGGUUAUUUGGGACUGUUCCUCAUUUUACCAGGAUUUCCCUGCCCAUUUUUUGCAGGCGAUAGGUACACAUUACUUGCAGUCUCUGAGCCCCGUGUCUAACUCUAGAAGACACACACGCACUUGUCCACACGUGGGUUUAGAAGUAUGAGUUGGCUGGUCAACUUUGUUACUGACAAGGGGGUGUUGGGGUUAUUUUUUGGUGGGAUUUUAGCAUGUCACUAAAGCAGGCCUUUUGAUAUAUUAAAUUUUUUAAAGCAAAACAAGUUUUAGAUUUUAAUCAGAUUUGUAGGGUUUCUAAGUCUAGUUUUACAGAAUUGCCUGUUUGCUUCAACUGUCUUUCCAUUUGCUUCUUGGUGGAGCUGGGGACAGACCUGGAGUUAAAACACUUGUAAUUUUGUAUCCUAGUGUCUUGUUCUCCCAGCAAAAUGUUCUUGUUUGUUAAAAUUCCUAGGGAGUAGUCUUUCCUAUCAUAAUAAACACGCGCCGCCCUGUCCUCUGUGUCCUUUGCUGUUCUCUGUGGCUUGUGUGCUGUGGGUUUUCUCUUCCCGAGAUGACUUCUAAUUGCCAUGUGCAGUAUGUUCAGAGUUAGAUAACUCGUCAUUGUAAACAAACUGGAACUGCCCAGAGCAGGGCUUAUAAAUCACCCUAACAUUUA